CUGGAUUUAAUAAAACCAGGCAGACAAGGCUGUGUUCCCUCCCUGCUUUUACGAAGAAACUGUCAAAACAUUCCAGUGGUGUGAGCUAGAAUCCGGCACAGAGAUCACUGGCAAAACACAAGAGGCCAGGUAGAGUCAUGGCUCUCCAACAUGCCUUGCUUCUGCUGCAUCUCCUGGCCAGUGCCAUCAGCGGGCAACAGCAACAGCUAAUGGAGUACAUGGAGAGGAGGCUGGCUGUCUUAGAGGAGCGGAUCUCCCAGUGGCAUGAUCAGAGCAGCCGUUACUCCAGUGAGCUGAGGGACUUCAAGAACAAGGUGGUGUCCAUGCUGGAGACAGUGGAGAAAGAACGGGAAACACUCCGGGCAGAGGUGGAAAACACUGCAGUGCGGGUGGACCGGCUGGAGCGAGAGGUGGAUUAUCUUGAGACCCAAAAUCCUGCCCCACCCUGUGUGGAGGUAGAUGACAAGCUCAUGGAGAAUCAGGUUUCCACCGCCAAGAAGCGCAAGAAUGAGAAGUACGACAAACUAACAGAUUGCAGUGACACCGUAUCCCAGGUCAAAGCCAUGAAGAUUUUAAAGCGGUUUGGAAGCACAGCUGGACUCUGGACCAAAGACCCACUAAGCAAUUCAGAGAAGAUCUUUGUGUUUGAUGGCACUAGCAACGACACCGUGUAUGUCUUUCCCAGAACGCGGGAGUUCACACUCUUCUCUGCUACACGAAAGGCAACUCGCAUCAGGUUACCCUACCCAUGGGUUGGCACUGGACACUUGGUGUACGGGGGUCAUCUUUAUUAUAUCCGCCAACAUGGCACCUUCCAAGUCAUCAAGUACAGCCUGGCUAACAAGACCAUUGUUGAUAGUUCUGUCUUCCCAGCCGAGGAGCAGAUCCCUGUCUUUGGCCUUGCAUCCUACAACUACAUUGAUCUGGUGGCUGAUGAAGAGGGGAUCUGGGCUAUCUAUGCCACCCAAGAAAAUGAGAGAAACAUAGCCUUGGCCAAACUAGACCCUUCAUCUCUAGACAUUGAGCAAAUGUGGGACACCCCGUGCCCCCGGGAAAAUGCAGAGAGCGCUUUUGUUAUCUGUGGAGCUCUCUAUGUGGUGUACAAUACCCGGCUGCCCAGCCGGUCCCGUAUCCAGUGUGUCUUUGAUGUCAGUGGCUCUAUGGCACCCGAAGAUGCUGCCUUGAUCUACUUCCCCAAGCGGUAUGGCUCACACUCCAGCAUGAAGUACAACCCUAAAGAGAGACAGAUCUAUGCCUGGGAUGAUGGCUAUCAGCUCAUUUACCGUAUGGAGAUGAAGAAAAAGACUGAAGUCUGAGAAUGGCCUAGGGCUGUGGUGGAGAGAGCAUCAGAAGCACGUUCCAGGGCCACAAGAUAUGACUCAGCUGCCAACUCAUGCCAAACGGCACAUAGCACGUACUAGAAAACCAGCAGCCACAAGAAGCACUGACUAGACUGGCCUUUUAAGAAAGGAAUGCCUUUCUGAUGCAUUAAAUGCUUUUAAAGCAGAAAUGGUUUGCAUUUUCAUUGGGUGCUGCCAAAAUGUUUUGGUUUUUAAACCCCAAACCAAACAGAAACAGCCUUUUUAAAAUUAAAGCUGAAACAACCUUUUAAAAUAUAUACGAAAAAUUACCUUAAGUUGGAAAAACAUACAUGUUCCAUCUGAAAAAAUAAGGGAAACUAUUAAUCCACUCUAGUUCCUAGGCAGAGGGCAAAUGCCUGUAAAUUUCCAUGCUGCCCUAUAGCUUACAAAUCAAAUUGGCAUCUCCCAACCAGCGCUGCUGUUUCAUAGACUUCUCCUCCUUCAGAAGGGGUUUUGUUAGGGAGUGAGCAGGCACUCAUGUCUCCAAGGGAAGGCAAUGAGUCUGCACUGCUAUAAAAAUAAAUAAACUCCCAUAAGGCUUGGUUAAUUAAACAAGAGGAUGAAAAUAUUUUUCUUGCUUCUCUUGCUCUCCAAUGCUAUAGUGUAAUUGGACAUUUUAGGUGUUUCUCAUACCUUAUUAUUUCUAUUGUUAUAUUUAUGUCUACUUCUUAUUAAUUAGAGGAUUCUGCAUCAGCUUUUUUUGUUUUGUUUUGAAUACAUCCCUGAACAUAUCA